AUGGCCGAGCGGACAGAGGGACUGAACGCAGAUGGAGAGCAAGAGGAAGCAUACUUUUGCAAAGAAAGAAUCAAAUGCUCGCCGGAGGAGGACGAGCGCCUGGAAAGGCAACAUUUCUGGAAAGUCAUCGAUGCAUUUAGAUAUUAUAGGAUCCAUGUUCAUGAACGGGUGAAUCGAGCAGAGCGACAGUUCCGGUCUCUCCCAGAGCACCACCGGAUGCUGCUUCCCAACUUUCUGUCCAACAUGGCCAAGAUCCGCCGUAGCGUGGACCACAACCAGCAAGUGCUGCAGGCCAUUGUGCACAACUGCGUCCACAUGUUUGAGAACAUGGAGUACGGUGAAGAUGAUGACAUGAGGAAGGUGCGGCCAUCAUCUACAUUUGACAUGGACAAACUUAAGUCCACCAUCAAGCAGUUUGUGCGGGACUGGAGUGAGGCGGGGAAACCAGAGAGAGACAGCUGCUACCAGCCCCUAAUCAACGAGAUUCUGAGGAUAUUUCCCAGGGACCAGUGCGAUGCCUCGAAGAUCAGCAUACUGGUGCCAGGCGCAGGUCUUGGGCGCCUCGCCUGGGAGAUUGCCCGCUUGGGCUAUACCUGCCAGGGGAACGAGUGGAGCUUCUUCAUGCUCUUCUCCUCCAACUUUGUCCUGAACAGGUGCGAUGGGGUGAACUCAAUGACCCUGUAUCCGUGGAUACACCAGUUCAGCAACAACAAGAGAUCAUCAGAUCAGACGCGGCCGGUGACCUUCCCUGACGUAAACCCUCACAGCCUUCCACCCAACUCCGACUUCUCCAUGGUUGCAGGAGACUUCCAGGAAGUCUACAAAGAGCCAAAUACCUGGGACUGUGUCACCACCUGUUUUUUCAUUGACACUGCUCACAAUGUCAUUGACUACAUAGAAACUAUUUGGAAAAUCCUCAAACCAGGAGGAGCAUGGAUUAAUUUAGGCCCACUGUUGUACCAUUUUGAAAACAUGGCAAAUGAGCUGUCAGUAGAGCUCAGCUAUGAAGAUAUCAGGGCUGUCAUUUUAAAAUAUGGAUUCCAGAUGGAGGUGGAGAGAGAGUCUGUUCCUACAACCUAUACAGAGAAUGACCGGUCCAUGCUAAAAUACUUGUACGACUGCGUGUUUUUCGUGGCCCGAAAACCUGCUCACCUCUUUUCCAAUGGUGUCCAGGGAGGAGAAGCAUGUCAGUUUGAGGAAUGCCAACAGAAAGACAAGGACGAUAGCAUGACAUGACGUUUCAAAAAAAUCUCAAUUCAACAAAACAAGUGGAAAAAGACAGACAGGAUUUUCUUUCUUUUUUUUUGUUUUGUCUUUUGGAAAUGCUGCCCUAGGAACUUUCAGAGAACACUUUUCGUACAGUACAAGUCUGGGGAAGAAUGGGUGGACACUUUAAUAAUGAAGUGACCGAUGUUAAGUGUAUUUUUUUUCUUUUCAGUAAAAUCCUGAUUCGGUGCCUUU